AUGCCUCGGUGUGGGCGAGGGCUGGUGCUGACGGUGGCGGCGGCUGUUGCUGUGGCGUUGGCGCUGGUGUCUGUGUUUGGACUGGGCAGGGACGAGCGGGCCGAGCGAAGGCGUAUGCGGCACGCGCUGUUGGCGCCAUAUACGGAGCCGAAGUGUGGGGCGAUCCCGCGCCACGUCCACUUCAUCCACAACCUGUGGGACGACAACGCGCUAUCGGACAAGGAGCUGACGGCAUUGCAGACGUGGAUGCGCGGCAACAAAGGCUGGGACGUGCACAUCUGGGACAGGCAGAAGCUCACCACGUUGUUCACGGCCUUGGGCAAAGGAACGGCGGCCAUGUGGAACCGAGUGCGGGCCGUGCCAAACCAUGGCCAGCGAUCAGACCUUGCUCGCUAUCUGUUGCUGAGCGUGCUGGGCGGUGUGUAUGCUGACAUUGAUGUAUACGCCAAGGACAAGUCGCUUGACGACCUCAUUGGGUGUGAUCGGUCGAUUCCCGCCACAUUCGUUGGAGUCACUGAAGCCGUCCUCACUGAAGAGGAACAGGCCUACUUGGCAACUGAAAUGGGGCACGAGCCUGUGCGUGACAGGGUUGCAAACUACUUCUUCGCAUCUGCACCUGGGGGCGACUGUCGCGAAUGUCGCGCGUGGGAGAAGAUGAAGUGCUCACGCAGAACCGCGUGCUGUUCACAACGGGACCCGACGUGA